UCCUGUUAUGGCAAGAACUAAACAGACCGCUCGUAAGUCCACCGGUGGCAAAGCGCCGAGGAAGCAGCUCGCCACUAAAGCAGCCCGUAAGAGCGCUCCAGCAACCGGCGGCGUGAAGAAGCCUCAUCGUUACAGGCCCGGUACCGUGGCGCUGAGAGAAAUUCGCCGCUACCAGAAGUCCACAGAACUGCUGAUCCGUAAGCUGCCUUUCCAGCGUCUGGUGAGAGAAAUCGCUCAGGACUUCAAGACUGAUCUGCGCUUCCAGAGCUCCGCUGUCAUGGCCCUGCAGGAGGCCAGCGAGGCUUAUUUGGUCGGCCUCUUUGAGGACACAAAUCUGUGCGCUAUCCACGCCAAGAGAGUCACCAUCAUGCCCAAAGACAUUCAGCUGGCACGCCGCAUCCGUGGAGAACGUGCUUAAACUCCUGCGUACCUCGCACACAUCAACCUCAACGGCUCUUUUAAGAGCCAACACAAGUCCACUGAUUGAGACAUUUUCUAGUGUAAUAGUUUUCUGUAGUAAUAAUUUAACAUUGAUACAAGGUUGUUCUGGACGCAAAAUCAUAUCGGAUAUAUACUAAUAUAUUACUAAUAUAUACUAAAGUACACGUUGGUUGAAUCUUGAGACAAGUAUUAACACAGCCACUACAAACCUGUCAUCACGGAUUUCCUCUGAAUGGUCGUGAAUGCCCAAUCUUCUCUAGACAUUGCAGCAGAGAUGGCACCUUAAUUAUUUUACCUAUUCGGUUUAGAAAGUGUAUAUUAUAAACCCAUUUAUACUCUUUAUCACUAUCUGGAUAACA